AUGAAUGACUCCUUGAUUCCGGUUGCUGUUACUUUCACAGUCUAUAAGGAUAUGGGCUCACCCAAGCAUGUAUUAUUCACAGUUGUUUUGUCAAUAUAUUUUGCAACAGUAAUACUAAAUGUUUCACUCUUAUUGUUGGUGUACUUGGACACUUCCUUGCAUAAACCAAUGUAUAUUUUUUUAUGUAGCUUGAUAUUAAAUGGACUACUUGGAAGUACAGCUGUAUGGCCAAAGGUCAUUGUCAUCUUGGUGACAGAUGUCAAUACAGCAUCAUAUCAAGGCUGUCUUAUUCAAGUUUUUAUCGUUGGAAUCUAUGGAGCUUGUAAUUACGUAAUGCUUACAGUAAUGGCUUAUGACAGAUUUGUCUCCAUAUUUAAGCCAUUGCAAUAUCACAACAUUAUGACCCCAGUAAAUGUAACAAAGCUGUUGUUAGUAGCAAACCUAUCUUCAGUUGUAUUGGUAUGCAUUCAAAUGUUCCUGACUUAUCAAAUACCCAUCUGUAAAUAUACAGUACAUAGGUUAUUCUGUGAUAAUUUGGCUGUUGCUAGACUUUCAUGUGGUGAAAGUAACGUCAGUCGAAUCAGCAACAUGUACGGGUUAUGUACCAUUAUACUUUUAGUGGGCCUACCUAUCCUGUUGGUAUUAUCGUCAUAUGUUCAAAUUAUAAAGUUAAGCCUACAGGCUUCAAAACAAGCAAGAAAGAAAGCUUUUGAGACCUGCUCUCCACACAUACUUAUUUUUGUAAACUUUUCAUUGGCCUCAUUAUUCUCAGUAAUUUAUAAUCGAAUGAGCCCUCACUUACCAAGAGAGGCGAACAUACUACUGACGGUGAAUUAUAUCCUUCUUCCCCCAUUGUUACACCCAAUUAUAUAUGGCAUAAAAAAUCAGGAAAUCAGACAAAGUGUCUCAAGAAUUAGACGAAGAACUGAUUUUGCCCUGUCUGAGUAUAAGUUCAAGUGUAAAUUCUGUCAUGUGUUUAUUCGGUCUUUGGUUUUUUGUUUUUGUAUCAGAGACUCCAUCACUGACUGUAGGGAGCAAUGA